CCACGACCUCGGAGCGAACACGGUCCAUCGCAUACUCCAACUUGCGCGCUUCGCCGCAUUGCAACAUGUCGAUGCAGCACGGCGUUCUGUACGCGCUUCUGGCCUUCACCAUGUGGGGGUUCUUCCCCAUCUACUGGAAGCAGCUCCCGGACGUGCCCGACAUGCAAGUCGCCGUGCACCGUGUCUUGUGGUCCGGCCUCCUCCUCCUCGCCUCGGUGCUUCUGACGUGCCAAUGGCGCGCGUACGCGGCCGUCGCCUUUACCAAGCGCAAUAUUGUCAUUUACGGCCUUGCGAUCAUCCUGCUCACGGGCAACUUUUUCAUCUACGUCUUUGCGACCAACUCGAACCGCAUCAUCGAGCUCAGCCUCGGGUACUUUAUCAACCCGAUGGUCAACGCGUGUCUCGGCCGCGUCUUCCUCAAGGAAUCCCUCUCCAAGUGGCAGUGGGUCGCGCUCGGAAUCGCUCUUAUCGGCGUUCUGAUCCCGACGAUCGCGUACGGCAAGUUCCCGUACCUCGCCAUCACCCUCGCGACGACGUCGGGCUUGUACAACUUGGCGAAAAAGAUGGCGCCGCUCGACUCGUUCCAUGGGCUCACGCUCGAAACGAGUUUGAUGCUGCUGCCAGCUGCCAUCUACUUGGUGUGCGUCGACGCGGAUGGCAGUGGGUCGUUUGGCCAUGUCGACACCAAGACAAAUCUCCUCCUCGUGGGCACGGGUGUGAUCACGAUUCUGCCGUUGAUUCUCUUUGCCAAGGCGGCGCCGGUCAUUCCGAUGGCACUUAUGGGAAUCUUGCAGUACAUUUGCCCGACGAUCCAGUUUUUCAUUGGGAUUUUCCUGUAUGACGAGCCGUUUACGAGCACGCAGCUCGUGGGUUUUAUCGUGAUUUGGAUUGCGCUCGUCGUCUUUACGACCGACAGCGUCUUGACGUACAAGCGCAGCGUGCACGCCCCCGUCACGGACGACGACGAGUGCGCGUCACCAACGUCCGACUACAAGCACGAGGCCGACAAGUCGCCCGUCUAGUUCGUUGGCUGAUACAAACGCCUCGUAGCGAGCCAAAAUCCAAAAUAAAUAUACGCACUCUAUUAGUCAAA